UGUCAACUUAGUGGUCAUAUUAUAGAAUUUUUAUCCACUGAGUUUGGUCGGGCCUUCCUAAAGAUACGGUUCACCUUCCGUCUGGCUUUUCGAAGGUCAUUCUCUUCUUCAUAUUAUUGUGAUGGCGACACAACUAAUCGCGGGGGAAUUAUUGGAUCCGGAGGUUCUUGGAGAGCUAAGUGCAGCGAUCAAUCCAGUGCGGUGUGUUCGCAGACCUAUUAUCUCGCAAACACUGGCUUUCGCUGUACUGACUUUAGUAGCGAUGAAGAUUGGUCCAUGGGGGAAAAUAACUUCACCUAUACUUUUCCUUCUAGCAAUAUGGAGUGGAUUGUGAGUUACCACAGUUGUUGCUGGAUUUCCAAUCUUGUGCGAUAUGCUAGCUCGAACUGGUUGGUAUCUACCAAAAUAAGUCUUUCUAAACGAUCAGAUAACGGCAAAAUCAAUUCAUCCCCAGUCUCCAGGAGCCCAGCUAUUGUACGGUUUCAACAGGGCUGUCAGAAGUCUCUUACAAUACCGGUUGAAGAUCCAGAUGGCGAUUUUGUGAAAUGCCGUUGGGCAACCAACGCCGAGUCCUCCAUACCAAACGAUAGUUUUUCUUACGGUGAACUUAAUGAGAAAAACUGCGUUUUAACUUACAGAGGUGGACGUGGAGCAUCGGGCACUUACGCAGUAACCUUAACUUUGGAAGACUUUCCAGCUGGAACCACAAACUUCAAUAACGUCAGACCAUUCAGUGCUGUGCCACUGCAGUUUCUAGUCAUAAUAAGCGCUGGGUCUGGUUCUUGCCAAGACAUACCUGUUUUUACUGCCUCCACUCCUCAUAAAGGUGAAUGCUUGGAGGUUCAGAUUGGGUCGGCAUAUAAAGCAGUCAUUGAGGUGCGGCUUCCAAACAUUGCUAAACAUGUUGUCGAGAUAACCACAAGCUCUCCUCUUGGUAUGCAAGUUACGCCAAUACGCUUCAAUGGAGGCAUCUACUCAAGAAAUGUCACGUGGUAUCCGAAUCAGAACCAAGUUGGGCAGCAGUUGUUCUGCUUUCAAGCUUUGGAUUCAGACGGAUUACAAAGUGAAUGGCGUUGUGUCACGAUUCUUGUGGGGCUAAGUAAUACACCUCGUGUUAUUUUGGGUACAAGAAGGCCGAUAAGUCCUAUAAGUGAGAUCGGAACAGGACUAAUAUGGUGGAGUAUUCAAUUUGACAGAGUGAUAAAGAAGCCUCGUAGCUCAGCAUUCAUACGACUGGUUCUGCAGUCAAAUGGUUUUACCGUCUUCAAAGUGGAUGCCCUCUCUAGUUACGUUAUUAUCGACGGUAACCGCACAGCACUGCAUUUUGCCACGCCCAAGGCUGCACUGAGUAUGAAUGGUUCAUAUGCCAUCUUGAUAGAUCACGGUGCAGUGGUUGGACAAGGCUGCUCAUAUGAUGGUCCACCAACGCCUGGUAUAACCUCACCCAAAGACUGGGCUUUCCCUAUAGAUGGUGCCUGCCCUGUUGGUUAUGCCUUGGCUCCUCCAAGUUUUCAAAACUGUGAGGAUAUAGAUGAAUGUGGGGAACAUCAUCGGUCAAAACGAUCUUAUUGGUGGUGGCAAUAUAUCCAGACUUCAGCUCACCACUCAUCGUCAAGUAUUCCCACUGAUAUAUCUCCUACACCAGCAUCAGUAUCACCCCUGUCAACAGCCUUACUGCCAGCUGCCUCUGCCUCCUGUCACUACAAUUUAUAUGGACCAUACGGAUAUUUCAGUAGCCCAAACUACCCACAAAACUACGGCCACAAUCUCCAAUGUGCUUGGCUUAUUACGACAUCAAGGGGUUACUACAUAUACCUCCGCUUUGACCAUUUCCAUCUGGAGGGUGGUUCUGGAAGUUGCCCUUACGACUACGUACAGAUAUAUGAUGGAACGUCUUACCAAAGCCUAACAGUAAGACGCUGCUAUUAUCAAGAUUCCUGGUGUGUUUACAGCCACAGCAACGUCCUUUAUGUACACUUUAAAACAGAUGGUUCAGUUUCCCACCCUGGUUUCACUGCCUUUUAUGAAACAGUCUCUGAGAGAUACUCAGUCUGCAAAGUAAAUUCAAGUAUCUCACAAGGCAUAAAUCCUACUUCAGCUGCUCCAUGGGUAUCCGCCAGCGCAGCUCCUUCAUAUGCUUCAGAAUGCUAUUACUACUCAUACCUACAAGAUGCAGAAAGAAGAAUGGGUUACUAUAACGGGUACUACGCGAAUUACCAAUGUGAUAGCUCUUUACCGUUUGGAUGGUACCGAUUUCGUGGUGCAGCGGGAACAGAAAUGCCCACUUCUUGUGUAGGAGAAAAUCAUUGUGGCAGCCAUGCACCGGGUUGGUUGAAUGGCUCACACCCGCGGGCAGUUGAUGGAAUUGUUAAGGCUACAGUGUGUUUCCAUUGGACCUCUGAUUGUUGCUUGUGGUCUACCAACAUCCGUGUUCGUAACUGCAGCGGUUUCUACGUGUACGAGCUCGGACCCCCACCGACUUGUUAUCUUCGUUAUUGCGGUAAUGCGGGAGGUAUCUCACAAGGCAUAGCACCUACCUCAGCUGGUAUCUCACAAGGCAUAGCACCAACUCCAGCUGCUCCAUGGGUAUCCGCCAGUGCAGCUCCUCCAUUUGCUUCAGAAUGCUAUUACCACUCGUACCUACAAGAUGCAGAGAGAGGGAUGGGUUACUAUAACGGCCAGUACGGAAAUGUCCAAUGUGAUAACUCCUUACCAUUGGGAUGGUAUCGAUUUCGUGGUGCAGCGGGAACAGAGAUGCCCACGUCCUGUGUAGGACAAAAUCGAUGUGGCACCCAUGCACCGGGUUGGUUGAAUGGCUUGCACCCGUCAGCAGCUGAUGGAAUUGUCCGUGCUACAGUGUGUUUCCACUGGAGUAAUCAAUGUUGCUUGUGGUCUAUUAACAUCCGUGUUCGUAACUGCAGCGGUUUUUACGUGUACGAACUUGGACCCACACCAGGUUGUCAUUAUCGUUAUUGUGGAAAUGGAGGAGCCUUUAACUCAACCAAUAUCACACCUACACCCUCCCAACCUAUUGCAGCCGCUACCUCGGCUAUUUCUGGAAACUGUUUCCAUCACCUCAACCAAGCUUCGGGUAGCUUUGAGAGUCCAGGCAAACCAGGUUGUUAUCCAAACAACAAGGACUGCACCUGGCUGCUCGAAGUUCCUGUUGGAAAAUACAUUUAUCUACGAUUCUAUUCUUUCCAUUUGGAACAUGGAGGUAGUCACUGCCCGUGGGAUUAUGUAAAAAUUCUCGAUGGCAACUCAUUACACAGCCCUGUUGUUAUCAAGGCGUGCGGCCAGUUGACAAAUUGGAAAUUGUACAGCAGUGGAAGGUUUCUCAUGGUACUGUUCCAUUCAGACGGUAUCAUCGGGAUGCCUGGAUUUUAUGCUUAUUUCCAAGCUUCAAAUUACAGAUACAGCAUUGCCUUACCUAGCCAAACGUCAAUAACAAGCCCAGUGCAGUGUUUUCCUGCGCAAUCACAAACUGCCACUCCCACUUCGUCAAACGUGCUCGGAAUCCAGCCUACGCCAGCCUCUGCAAUGGCAUCGACCUUCUAUGCUGCUUCAAGCGUAAAUGUCCAACCAGAUCCUUCACAGUUUGAGUUUCAUUUACCGGCGGAAUGCGAUCAAAGUUGUCACAACACAGUUGGAAGUUACACUUGCUCUUGCGUUAGUGGAUACCAACUGGCCGCAGAUGGGAGAUCGUGUUUGGGUAUAUUAUUUUUCGAGAAAAUUUGUUUGGUAAUAUUUUUAUUGUUUAGCUACCAAUUUUUAUGUGAUGCUGAGAGGAGAUAUCACAAGCUAGUCACUCUUAAGGGUCAAAGGGUUAACAAUAUAGACCUCAGAACGCCCAAAUUACUCUCCUCCUCUCAACCUGGUGUGUCCGUAAACUGUAGUGACAUUAUGACGAUUGCCUUAGAAAAGCAGACAUUUCCCUUUUUUGACGCUGCCCGAUUACACUUGAGGUACUCAUCAUGCAGAGCCACACAGAAUGACACCCAUCUGUUGAUCAGCACUCCGCUAAAUGGUUGCGGAACACUGGUCAAUGAGACUGAAGAUGAUCUUAUCUUCUGGAAUGAAAUCCGAACGGAUGUGGUCGUUAUCGACAAUGUCAUAACGAGAUCACAUGACAUAAAAAUUCCAUUCUAUUGUAGUUAUUCGAGGAAGAAAUGGGUCAACCUGGGUUUCAAGCCUCAGCACCUACACUUUGGAACAGAAGCUGGGUAUGGUAACUUUACCUUUAAAAUUGACUUUUACAAGAGUUCGUCAUUUGCCACACCCUAUACUGAGCAGGACUACCCUCUGAGCGUGCCAAUCAGUCAGUACUUGUACGUGAGAUACAGUGUAGAAUCCAGUGCUGAUCUGGUAAUAAUGGCCGUGACAUGUAAGGCCACUAAAACUGGAAGCUUUUACUCCUGGCCACAAUACUCUAUUAUACAGAACGGUUGUCCGCAAGAUACAUCCAUGGAAUACAACUUUGAUCCCAGGAGGAAUUACCAGCAGUUUAAAAUCAGAGCGUUCAGAUUCUUCAACGAUUACGAUCAGGUUUUCAUUCACUGCGAAGUUUUGGCUUGUCAUAGAUACUCUUCAAACUCCAGGUGCAGCCAAAGUUGUUCAGGCAGUAAGAAGAGAAAGCGGAGGGACGUUACUCGUGACGAAGUAGAACAUGAAGAGAGUACUACCAAAGUCACUCUAACACAAGGACCACUGAUCUUCCAACAGGAACAAGAACAAGGAGACACAGAUCAAAACAAGCAAACUGCACUAAUUGGCGGCCUAGCAGGCGCUGGAGGAUUUGCUCUGAUUGCAGUUGCUGCAUUGGCUGUUUUAUUUGUCAAGUACCGCAUUGCACGACGGUUCAUGAAUAGGAACAAGGUUGGAGACCAGUACGCAACCCAAGAUGAACAACUAAGCAGAAGAAAUGCUUACGUUCAGCCUGAAGACAUGGUCGAACAUGAAGACUCCUUCUAAAUAUACGCUAUUCUUCUGCAUCGUGUGUUUGCCUCCAUAACAAACAACCCAGUAGAUACUUAAUGCUUCAUGACUCAGAAUAAAAGACCACUAAGAGAAGUGAAGAAACUUAGCCUCUGUUAUUCAUCAAAGGUUACAAUUUGGCAAAUAUUCGAUGAAACCAGUUGUUAAAUUAAAAGUAACAAUUUAGCGCUUAAACUAUGCUUCCCAGACUGCUCACAUAGUUU